AUUCUCACCGUCGGACCGUGCACGGGAGUGGACCGUUUUGAUGGUGGAUUUUUUCCUUCCAGCAUCCGUUCGUUUUUCAAUCCCUAGCACCUAGAUAGGCGUGCUCUGGGUGUCACGGGCUAAUAGCAUUCGGCAAACGUGUGAAUUGGAAAGCAAAAUUUUAAGGUGACUGUGAUGAGCAAGUGACUUUGAAGAAACAGGAGUGAUUGACUGUGAGGGAAUUGCGAAAUGAAGCUGAUAUCUACCGAAUUUUGCAUCAAGAUGCUGAAUGCGAAAGUGCUGCUCCUUUGUCUGGUCGCGUCAAGCUCAGCGCAGGCAUCCGUAGCCCAUAUCGAAGCGAACCCGGACGCCAAGCGACUGUACGACGAUUUGCUUAGCAAUUACAAUCGGCUGAUACGGCCAGUGGUUAACAACACGGAAACGUUGACCGUAUGGCUUGGCCUGAAGCUGUCGCAGCUCAUUGAGGUGAGCCUGCGAAAUCAGGUGAUGACCACGAACCUGUGGGUUAAGCAGAAAUGGUUCGACUACAAGCUAAAGUGGGACCCGGAGGAGUACGGCGGUGUGGAGAUGCUGUACGUACCGUCGGAACAGAUCUGGCUGCCCGACAUUGUGCUGUACAACAACUGGGACGGCAACUACGAGGUGACACUCAUGACGAAGGCAACGCUCAAGUACACCGGUGAAGUGUUUUGGGAACCGCCGGCAAUCUACAAAUCUUCCUGCGAGAUGAACGUCGAGUACUUCCCGUACGACGAGCAGACGUGCCUGAUGAAGUUUGGCUCGUGGACGUACAACGGUGCACAGGUGGAGUUGCGUCAUCUGGAUCAGAUCCCUGGCAGCAAUCUCGUGCAGAUUGGGAUUGAUUUGAGUGAAUUCUACCUAUCGGUCGAAUGGGACAUUCUGGAAGUUCCGGCCAGCCGCAAUGAGGAAUACUAUCCUUGCUGUCCAGAACCAUUCUCAGACAUCACGUUCAAGCUGACGAUGAGAAGAAAAACGCUUUUCUACACGGUCAAUCUGAUCAUUCCUUGCGUCGGUAUCACGUUCCUCACGGUGCUGGUCUUCUAUCUGCCAAGCGAUUCGGGCGAGAAGGUCACGCUUUGCAUCUCGAUACUGGUGUCAUUGACUGUGUUCUUUUUGCUGCUGGCCGAAAUCAUCCCUCCGACAUCGCUUGCCGUACCGCUGUUGGGCAAGUAUCUGCUCUUUACGAUGAUCCUUGUAUCGCUAUCAGUAUGGACGACUGUCUGCGUGCUCAACGUCUGGUACAGGAGCACAUCGACACAUAAAAUGUCACCCUUCGUCCGGAGGCUGUUUCUGGAGAUAAUGCCCAAGAUCUUGAUGAUGCGCCGGGCGAAGUACACGCUGCCGGAUUACGACGAUUCAACACCAAGCAAUGGCUACACGAACGAAAUCGAAAUGAGCGUUAGUGAUUUUCCCGGCGAGUUCAAGGAAGGUGGUGACAGUUUCGAUAAUAUAGGAGUUAAUCUUUCGCACGGUUCAGUCGAGGCGGAAAAUGUCAUCCCGAAGCAAUUAUCACCGGAGGUGCUGUCCGCCAUACAGGCGGUAAGAUUUAUUGCCCAACACAUUAAGGAUGCUGAUAAGGAUAAUGAGAUCGUUGAAGACUGGAAGUUCGUCUCGAUGGUGUUGGAUCGAUUCUUCCUGUGGGUGUUUACCAUAUCCUGCAUUUUCGGUACGUUCGGUAUCAUCUUCCAGAGCCCGUCGCUGUACGAUACACGGGCCCCGGUUGACCAGCAGCUGAGCGAAAUACCGCUGCGCAAGAACAAUUUUAUGCUUCCGCCGGACAUAGUACGUAUCACGUUGGAUUAAUAAGCCGUUGCGGGUGCGUUUCUAAGUGUGUGUGUGUGUGUGUUUGCGAUUUUUUGAACACCAUUCAGCGUCACGGCACGUGUGACGGCUACGUUUAAACAGAAAGUUUUUGAAAUGGUUUGUCGCUGCCAUGCGGCAACAGUUGCAAUGGUUAAGAUUUAAAGUGUAGCUACAUUUAUAACGAAACUACUACGAAUACGAACAGCGAAUCGAUAGCAUUUCUUAAUCGAAACUUAACAUUACGGUAACAAGAUACAGCAAAAGGAAAGAAAGCAACUAGUGAAUAAAGCGUAACGAGCACAUGUUUGUACUGGGUUUAAA